UGGUGCAGAGACUGUCAACAAUAAACUAAGAUAGUCAUGGGCAACAGUAUUUCUAAGAGCAUGCUCAAUAAAAACCCAGUGUGUGUCACCGGACCUAAUGUGAAUUAUAUGAGAAAUAAUUAUGGUCCUGAUUCUGUGUCACAAUUGCUGCGGUGGGUGACGGAGUGUGGCUUCCCAGACGGCGGCAGUUUUAGCUUGAAGCAGUUAGAUUUGCUGAAAGGUAACCUGACCAAAAUGGAAAGAGAUAAUGUUGGGAAGAAGAAGAAGAGCAGGGUAGAAAUAAACUGGACAGCUUUUCACUUGUGGAAGUUAGAGGCUGAAAAAAGGUUUCAAAAAGCACAAUGUACUCCAAAGAGAGCAUCUAUACAAUAUGUGCAGAAUACACAAAGUACAAUAAGUAACUCACAAAGUCUCCAGUGUCUUAAGUCUUUUUCAGAUGAUCCUGACCUGGAUGGACCGCCUCCUCGACCACGUCUGGCAGCGACUGCGUCAUGUCGACAGGUGUGUGCAGAUCCGGAGCCAGCUCGUGUGGAGCCGAAGGAGAGUCCACUGCCUCCACCGAAGGCAGUUAAGGCUGACCCACCCUCUCCACCGAUCGCGGAUCGUACACGCCAGAAAGACAAGCAAAAGGAGACUACGGAUCUUGAACCUGUCAGAGAAGAGGCUUCGAUUCCAGAGUGCUGUUCGUCAUCCAGCCAGCAGGUGGCGAUAAACACUCCACAGAACCAUGUGUGCGGCAUCACUGAAACCGAUGAAGAAGUCGGUUCAUGGAGUAUGUUUGAGACGAUGUGCAGUCGUUUUGGCUCAGUCAAAGCGGAGACUGCUGCGAUGCCUGAUGAGAGUCGAGCUCCACCUCCAGGCUGUCCCAUGCACCAGGACUCCAAAAUAGCUGCUCCUCCUUCCGAGUGUCCCUUGCACCGAGCAGCUGCUACAGAACAAACCCAAGAGUGCACAGAUGUCCAGCACAUCAGGACAGAGCCUUCGAGUUUUGUGCAGUGUCCUAUGCCUCCUCUAACAGCAGCUUCUCCCGGUCAGCCCUUUCUCGGUCUGUGGUUCGAGAAAGAAGAGCCCACAUCCCUCGUGCAGGAUCGAGCAGAACUGGGUUUAUCCUCCGAGCAGAUGUUCUGGAACGCGAUGCUGAGGAAAGGGUGGCGCUGGAGGGAGCAAGACGUCUCUCAAAAGACAUGA